AUAAAAACUGGGUCAGCCAGUUGACGUGUUUCACUGUGGUUCUAGAAGGAGCGGAGAAAGAUGGAGCUGCUACCUACGGCGAACUUUCUACAAAUUCUAGCCGUUGUAACUCUAGUAGACUUUGCAGGAUCUGAGGUGUUUACUUCCCUCAGUGACCUACAAAAGGUGCUCCUUACAGAAAAAGAUAUAGCCCUAGAAAUAAAAAGCCAUAUAGAAAUGGAGGAGGAGAGGUUAAAACGAUUAAAAAAAGUUGCAGAAGACUAUGAGCGGCAUAGUCAAGAAGCUUUGAGUGAUAUAGAAAAGCAUUUGGGCAACCCAGUGAAUGCAUACUUGUUAGUGAAAAGGUUCACAAUAGACUGGGAAAGAAUUGUAGAUGGACUUGUUAAAGCUAAUUCCACAGAUUUAAUUGCUCGGCUUCACAAUAGAGGGUCUGAGUUCCCAGUGCAAGAAGACUUCGAGGGGGCUGCAACUGCCCUGCUGAGGUUACAGGACACUUACAACCUCCCAACUGCUCAGAUUGCCAAGGGGGAACUGCAGGGAGUCAAGAACUCUCCAGAAAUGACAGCUGAGGAUUGCUUUGAAUUGGGCAGAACUGCCUACAAUGCUGGAGAUUAUUAUCACUGUAUUUUAUGGAUGGAGGAGGCAUUAAACACACUUGAUACAGAAGUUAACAAAACAGCUGACCGAGCUUUGACAAUAGAUUACCUUGCCUAUUCACUAUAUAGGCAAUGUGCAUGUAACCCUAGUAAGGCCAUACAGACCGUGUCCCAUGUACCAGGAAUUAUUGCGGAGGAAUGUUUUGUACUGGGCAAGUAUGCCUACACUGAGGGGAACUGGUACCACACGGUGAACUGGAUGCAGCAGGCCCUGGCUAUCUGGCAUAAAGAGGAGGUUAAAACUGUCGGCAUGGGGGAGAUUAUGGACUAUCUGGCAUAUGCUCUCACAAUGUCAGAUCCCAAUCAUCCAAGAGCCGUCAAUAAUUUACGCUAUUAUGAAAAACUGCUGGAGACGGCUGAUCAGGAAAAAAAGCGCGGAGAAGAGGAAGAUUUGCCAGAAAUUCAAAACCAGCGACUUCUUGAUGAUUACAGAAAGGGUCAAGAAUUCAAGCAGUAUGAAGCUCUUUGUAGAGGAGAGGAUAUCAUUCCUGAUCCCAACAAACACAAGCUGAAAUGCCGUUACACACACAACAAUCGUCCUAAUCUGUUAUUACGGCCUCUGAAGGAAGAGGAGGCAUUCUUGGAUCCAAGGAUUUUGUUUUAUCAUAACAUGCUCUCAGAUUUUGAAAUAGAGACAAUAAAAAGGCUUGCUGCACCUAAGUUAAUUCGAGCCACUGUUCAAAAUCCCCAAACUCUUCAACUUGAACCUGCCAAGUACAGAAUAAGUAAAAGUGCAUGGCUGAAGGAAGAUGAAGAUGCUGUCAUUAAAAGAGUCAACCAAAGAAUAAAAGAUGUCACCCAAUUGGACAUGACUAUGGCUGAAGAUCUUCAGGUGGCUAAUUAUGGGAUAGGUGGGCAUUAUGAGCCUCACUUUGACUUUGCAAGAAAAGAUGAAUCUAGUGCUUUUGAUACCAGAGUAGGAAACAGGAUAGCUACUCUGCUUAAUUAUAUGAGUGAUGUCACUGCUGGAGGUGCCACAGUGUUUAUUCCUAUUGGGGUCAAAGUUUUUCCUAAAAAGGGUUCUGCUGUGUUUUGGCACAACCUAUACAGGAGUGGAGAAGGUGACUUCAGGACAAGACAUGCAGCUUGCCCAGUUUUAGUGGGACAGAAAUGGGUUUCAAAUAAAUGGAUUCAUGAACGAGGCAAUGAACUGGUGAGAACAUGCGGCCUGAGCCCAUAUGAAUGAAGAUCAGAUGACAGCCGUUUAUUGAGGAACCUGUGAACUUCUACAGAAAUCAUUUCUGCUUUCUUUUUGUCUUCCUUUGUAGUGUCUGCUAGAGAAAAUUUUGUUUUUUUUUUCAUCAUGAAAAACCCCAAACUGUACAUAUUUCAUGUAUAUUGGUAAUCCUUCUGAUAUGCUUACCUUUGAAGGUCUUCCUGCCUCUGAAACAAAAUGUUUUUUGUUGAAGUUCACAUAAACUUUGGCUGAGCUGAUGAUGAGCUUGACAAGAACAAUUUAUUAGCUGUGAUAUUGCUCUGCCAGCUUACAAUCCUUGGAGCACAAGUUCACACACCAAAAAAUUCUAUUUUUGGCUUUGAUUUAAAUAGGUCACACCAUUCACAAUAUCUAAUAUUGGGAAGAUGAAAAUGCUCAUUCAUGCUGCUGCUUUAAGCUUACCAAAUAAUGUGGUGUUUUUUCACAUAACAGAGCUUUUUCUCUGGGCUUUGAUUUUCUAUCAACAAAGUAUUUUUGUUGUUCAUUUUAACAAUCAGCCUUAAAGGUAAAUAAUAGCAUUUAGCCUGAAGUUUUUCAACCACUGGUAGUUAUUUCAAAUAGUUAAUAAUUGCACAUUUAAGUAUAAAGAUUGGGUUCUGACUGCAUUAAACAGCACAUAACUGAUGAGGGAGUUGCUUACUAAUAAAAAGCAUGAUUGUUACAGUAAUUCUCAUAAAGAAGAGAAAACUGAGUCCUGAAACACCUAGUUUUUCUCUGUAACAAUUUGUUCUGUUUUAGAAUGACAGAUGUUGGAUAAUAUUAAACUUCUAUCAAAAGCUUCAUAAUAACAAUUUUUGAAUCUCAUGUAACUAUUUUGCUGUCUUGUGCAACUUGAAGUGUUCAUAAAAAUAGCAUUUCUUUUAUUGCUUUAUAUUGCAAAGAAAAAAGCAUCGACUUCUGUUGAAAGUAAAUAUUAUAACAUUAUUAAAGGAGUAAUGUAACCAUUAGUAAUUUCUCAAUUCAUCAUAACCUUUCUUUUAGUUCUUGACUACAAUAGGAAAUAGCAAGCUGCUAAGCAUAAUUGGAAAUUUGUGGCAGAACAAUAUAAUGCAAAUUUCUAGGCUUAAAUUUAACUGAAGCAUUUUAUAUGUUUCUGAAUAUCACUACAAGUUUGAAGAUUAUUGUUGUAAUAUAGUCUUUGUAAGAAAAGAGGUGGGACAAUUGAGACGUGGAUUGUAUAUGUUGUAUUUAUGAGGAGCAAUGCAUUGUUCCUUUCAGGAUUCAUAUGUUCUAGAAUCAAAAUAUAAAAAGAGUUACCAGAAUAAUAUUUUUGGUAUUGACAAUAUAUGAUAAAAGUUAAAUUAUUUAUGGAGGUAAAGUGUUUAAGUAAAUGAUGAAGCAAUUUCAUUAAAGGUUGGUUAGUUGAAUCAUAUCAAGCACAGCUGUUUUCAACCAACAGCUUUCUUUUUAGAUAUCACUUCAGCAACACCAAAUGUAUAAUCCACAUUCUUCUUUACUACUAUUUUAAUAUAUCUGUAGAUACUUCAGAAGUGGUUGAUAGAAGUAGUAUGGUAGUCAGAUCGUUCAUUAGAAUAGGUGCUUGUUGUUUCAAUAGAAGCAACAUAUUUUCAAUAUUUAAUGAGCUCUUUGAAUUAAUCCAUAGAAAUGGUUUGUUUAUUUGGAGGAGAAAAUGGUUGCAUAUACAGAUUUUUUUAUCUUAAAUAUGGUGCUAUAUUAGUCAAGUAAGGGAUUUGAAAUGUUAUUACUGAGGUUGGCAGUAUUACAGGAUAUCGGUGAAUGUGAUUAUCCCCAGUGGGGACUUGAAUAUAAUCUGAAUAUUGCAGUGACAAUAAAUAAAAAUAUAUACAUUUUGCCAA